GCGGGGUUUGGGCUGUGCAUCGCAUCAUCUCAAUUUCACAUACUGAUAUGCAUUGAGCCAUCAUUUGAACUCAAAAUCCCCCCAUAAACCCGUGAAAGAACCCAACAUUGAACUUCCUCUUCCUCUUCCUCUUCUUCUCCCACAAUCCAAUCUCGACAAAGAAACAAUUGUCGUCCUGACACGAUUCGCAUUUGUUACGUGUUUUGCACCAUCGCGCGCCGGCAUCAAUAUUCAUAGUGGCAUAAACUGGGAGGGGUAUCCACAGCUACCUAAUACCGAUAGGUACCUCAACCUGCCUCCUGAAUUACGGAACCAACAAUUCAAGUCUUUUCGACUGCGAAAGUCAAGACCAGAGUAACAAUCCGCAAAGAUGAAUAUCAUUAAGCUGCAGAGGAAGUAUCCUCAAUUCCAACAAGAUGAGAUCUUCGGUCUCCAAGAUGCGUUCCGCAAGCUCGACGUUGACGAUAAGGGAUACAUUGACGAGGCUACUGCUAUUAAGGCUACACAAGGGAGCGAAAGACAACCAUACGAUGUUGUUCGACAAGCGUUGAAAGAGGUCGAUCUUGAUUCAUCUCGAAGAGUCGAGCUGGAAGAUUACGUAGGACUCAUCUCAAAACUCCGCGUCUCUUCACCAGCACAGCAGCGCAUGUCGACUGGGCCACAGAGUCCUGCUCGUGUAGGAAUUGUAUCGCAACAAACCGGAGGUGCUGGAAGUGGGCAUGCUUCAAAGGGAAGCGUCAGCGGUCGUAUCCAAGUCCAAGGAUCUUCAUCGAACGUUACCCACACCAUCAACGAAGAUGAGCGAACAGAAUUUACCCGUCAUAUCAACGCAGUCUUGGCUGGCGAUGCAGAUAUUGGCUCGCGUCUGCCAUUCCCUACAGAUACAUUCGAGAUGUUCGACGAGUGCAAGGAUGGUCUCGUAUUGGCCAAGUUGAUCAACGACAGCGUACCGGAUACUAUUGAUGAGCGUGUACUAAAUCGCCCCGGAAAGAAGAUCAAGACCCUUAACGCAUUCCACAUGACUGAGAACAACAACAUUGUUAUUGAAUCUGCGAAGGGUAUUGGUUGCUCGGUGGUCAACAUUGGCAGUGGAGACAUUAUAGAAGUUCGGGAACAUUUGAUUUUGGGUCUGAUUUGGCAGGUUAUCAGAAGAGGUCUGUUGAACAAGAUUGAUAUCAAGCUUCAUCCUGAGUUGUACAGACUUCUGGAAGACGACGAGACACUGGAACAAUUCUUGAGAUUGCCUCCCGAGCAAAUCUUACUCAGAUGGGUCAAUUAUCAUUUGAAGGCUGCAAAUUGGCCACGAAGAGUUGCGAACUUUUCCAGCGAUGUGAAGGAUGCUGAAAACUACACUGUCCUUCUAUCUCAAAUUGCGCCGGAGUGUUGCGACCGAGCACCAUUACAAACACGCGAUCUUCACCAGAGAGCAGAGGAAGUCUUACAGAAUGCCGAUAAAUUAGACUGCCGGAAGUUCCUUACACCUAGCUCCCUCGUGGCAGGAAACCCCAAGUUGAACUUGGCUUUUGUUGCUAACCUCUUCAACACCCGUCCAGCACUAGAACCUAUCACUGAGGAAGAGAAAGCCCAGGUUGAUGAUUUCGAUGCAGAGGGUGAGAGAGAAGCAAGAGUCUUCACACUCUGGUUGAACAGUCUUGAUGUGCAACCAGGUGUAAACUCGUUAUACGAAGAUCUCAAAGACGGCACUAUUAUUCUGCAGGCAUAUGACAAGGUUAUCAAGGGCUCUGUUAACUGGCGUCAUGUAAAUAAGGUGCCUGCUAGUGGAGAGAUGUCGAGAUUCAAGGCUCUAGAAAACACAAACUACGCUAUCGAGCUUGGGAAGCAAAACCGUUUCUCCUUGGUCGGUGUGCAAGGAGCAGAUAUUUACGACGGUCAAAGAACUCUCACUCUUGGACUCGUCUGGCAAUUGAUGCGCAGAGACAUCUCCGAAACCCUCACAGCUCUUGCUCAACGUCUUGGCAAGCGCGAAAUUUCAGAUGCAGAAAUGAUCAAGUGGGCAAACAACAUGUCACAGAAGGGUGGCAAGAGUUCUACUAUUCGCUCCUUCAAGGAUCAAUCGAUUGGAACUGGAGUCUUCCUUCUCGAUGUAUUGAACGGAAUGAAGAGCAGUUACGUUGAUUACGAUCUCGUGACACCAGGAGGAACCGAAGAUGAUGCUUACAUGAACGCUAAGUUGAGUAUCAGUAUUGCGAGAAAGAUGGGCGCGACAAUUUGGUUGGUUCCAGAGGAUAUUUGCCAAGUUAGAAGUCGCUUGGUGGUUACUUUUAUUGGUUCUUUGAUGGCAACAGCAGAGAAGAUGCAGUAAGUUGGUUGAUGGGAUGGGAUGGGACGGGAUGAGAUGUGAUGGGAAGGCAGAAUUCCGAAUCGAUGGAUGGAUGAAUGGAUGAUGAGAAAUUAUGAUAGCGAUGCUAGUGAUGAUAGUUAGUAAAAAGUGUGUGCAGGCGAAUCAAUGGCUGUAGGACAAUAGAAAAGCAUUGGUAUCUUCAUUUCAUGAGAGAAAGAAAAGGGUGGAUGUAUGGAUGGACGGAUUCUUGAUGAUUCGAUUUGAUUAUAAGAAAGCGCGUUUUUCAUGAAAAUACUACAGCUGCAUUAAAUAUGAUACAUCAUGUUGCACGUGUUACUCGCUCA